CCCAGAAUCCACCUGAGAAUAUGCUGCCACAAAUCGCCCUUUUGCUGCUAAUGUCCUUGAAUUUGGUUCAUGGAGUGUUUUAUGCUGAGCGAUACCAAACACCCACUGGCAUAAAAGGCCCACCACCCAACACCAAGACCCAGUUCUUCAUUCCCUACACCAUAAAGAGUAAAGGUGUAGCAGUAAGAGGUGAGCAAGGUAUUCCUGGCCCACCAGGCCCUGCAGGACCUCGAGGGCACCCAGGUCCUUCUGGACCACCAGGAAAACCAGGCUACGGAAGUCCUGGACUCCAGGGAGAGCCAGGGUUGCCAGGACCACCAGGACCAUCAGCUACCGGGAAACCWGGUGUGCCAGGACUCCCAGGAAAACCAGGGGAGAGAGGACCAUACGGACCAAAAGGAGAAGUUGGACCGACUGGUUUACCAGGACCACGGGGACCACCGGGGCCUCCUGGAAUCCCUGGCCCAGCUGGAAUUUCUGUGCCAGGAAAACCUGGACAACAAGGACCUGUAGGUGCCCCAGGACCCAGGGGCUUUCCUGGAGAAAAGGGUGUGCCAGGAGUCCCUGGUGUAAAUGGACCCAAAGGAGAAACAGGGUAUGGUGCUCCUGGCCGCCCAGGUGAGAGGGGCCUUCCAGGCCCUCAGGGUCCCAUGGGACCACCUGGCCCUCCUGGAGUAGGAAAAAGAGGUGAAAAUGGGUUUCCAGGACAGCCAGGCAUCAAAGGUGAUCGGGGUUUUCCAGGAGAAAGGGGACUGGCUGGCCCACCAGGUCCCCAAGGUCCUCCUGGAGAACGAGGACCAGAAGGCAUUGGAAAGCCAGGAGCUGCUGGGGCUCCAGGUCAGCCAGGGAUUCCAGGGGCAAAAGGUCACCCUGGGGCUCCAGGAAUAGCUGGGCCACCAGGAGCUCCAGGCUUUGGGAAACCUGGUUUACCUGGUCUGAAGGGACAAAGAGGACCUGUUGGCCUUCCAGGGGGUCCAGGUGCCAAAGGGGAACAGGGGCCAGCAGGUCAUCCUGGGGAGCCAGGUCUGACUGGACCUCCUGGAAAUAUGGGACCCCAAGGACCAAAAGGCAUCCCGGGCAACCAUGGUCUCCCAGGCCCUAAGGGUGAGACAGGGCCAGUUGGGCCUGCAGGACAACCUGGAGCCAGAGGAACAAGGGGUUCUCCCGGCUUAGAUGGAAAACCAGGGUACCCAGGAGAACCAGGUCUCAGUGGUCCCAAGGGUAAUCCAGGGUUACCAGGCCCAAAAGGUGACCCUGGAAUGGUAGGACCUCCUGGUCUUCCGGGCCCUGUAGGCCCAGCAGGAGCUAAGGGAGUGCCUGGACACAAUGGUGAGGCUGGUCCAAGAGGGGCUCCUGGAAUACCAGGUACCAGAGGUCCCAUUGGGCCACCAGGUAUCCCAGGAUUCCCUGGAUCUAAAGGUGAUCCUGGAAAUCCAGGUCCUCCUGGUCCAGCUGGCAUAGCAACUAAGGGCCUCAAUGGACCCACUGGACCACCAGGGCCUCCAGGUCCAAGAGGCCACGAUGGACAGCCUGGUCUCCCAGGGCCUCCAGGACCCCCUGGGCCCCCAGGCCAAGCAGUCAUGCCCGAGGGCUUUAUAAAGGCAGGACAAAGGCCCAGUCUUUCUGGGAUGCCUCUUGUUAGUGCCAACCAGGGAGUAACAGGAAUGCCUGUGUCUGCUUUUACUGUUAUUCUCUCUAAAGCCUAUCCAGCAAUAGGUGCUCCCAUCCCAUUUGAUAAGAUUUUGUAUAACAGGCAACAGCAUUAUGACCCAAGAACUGGAAUCUUUACCUGUAGGAUACCAGGAAUAUACUAUUUCUCCUACCAUGUGCAUGUGAAAGGGACUCAUGUUUGGGUAGGUCUAUAUAAGAAUGGCACCCCCAUAAUGUACACCUAUGAUGAGUAUACCAAAGGCUACCUGGAUCAGGCUUCAGGGAGCGCCAUAAUCGAUCUCACAGAAAAUGACCAGGUGUGGCUCCAGCUGCCUAAUGCUGAGUCAAAUGGCCUGUACUCCUCUGAGUAUGUCCAUUCCUCCUUCUCAGGAUUCUUAGUGGCUCCCAUGUGAGUACAUUCUCAUGGAGCUAACUAAAUCUUCUGCUUGGAAAGGUGUUCCCUAACUCCAUUCCACCCCAUAAAAUGCAUACAGAGGUAGGCUGAAAAUAAUACAAUUUUAAUUUUCCAAAAUACACAUUUGAAUUUUUAGACCAACUAAUUUUCCCCUGGUAAAUAUAAGCAGCA